AUGGAUAUCAUUUCUGGCCAUGGACGAGAAUAUAAUCAUUCGGCGCCACCUGAGCCAGCCGAACUCUCGGCUCUAUUGAUCAGGGGUUGGGAAGCGAUUCAGCUGAACUCUGCCUCUUCUAGAAGUCAAAACGCCCCUGACAGAUCUGAAAAUGCAAAAUUUCUCUCAGACUUGGCUGAUUACGAUAAUUCACGGGGGGCACCAUGGUACCUCCAGAUGUUUCUGUGCUUUCUGCGCGGAAUAAGGCAGCAAGCUCGGCAGACCACAAGUUUCAUCUUGGAAAUCUCGCUAGCUCCCGACGACGUCACCGCCAAUCCAAAAGUUUCCCUCCGCAACACCUUCCCUCAUGAACACCCUUAUAAUUGCCAACCACAAAAGACCCUCACAACAACCAUGAACAAAAUUACUGGAGCUCUCAUCGACGAAGCAACCCACAUCCGGGCCAUCGCCAAAGAUGUCGUCCUCUCAGGGACAUAUUUCUACCCAAUUAAGGGAAUAAUCUACACCCUCAACCGCCCCACCCUCCGCCAACCCCUCCUCUCCCGCUCCUCCAAAACCCUCACCCUCGGCGUGGGCGUCACCACAGCCAUGUUCUUCUUCACUUACGUGCCCCAAGCAGCCAUCAUGUCCAUUACCAGUGGGCCCCUCCUCGCCCCCUUCUCCGCCGUAUUACUCGUCCUCAGCGAGUCUUCCACCAUCACGACCUUCCUCGCGAGGUCGUUUCUCCUCGCGGAUGCGAUCACCGCUACGUUUGAUGCGACGCUCGUAGAGAUGGGUCAGGAGAAACUACUUGAACAGUCUGGAAAGAGUAGUGGUGAUGAUGCUAUCUCCCGCCUCGGGAGCAAGGAAGAAGUCGAGGAAAGACAAACGAACAUGUGGAAUAUGUUGGGGAAGAAGGUCGGUGAGGGGGUGCAUGAGCGGUGGUUUGCGUUGAAGGGGUGGAAGAAGGGGGAUAGGGCGAGAUGGGUCGGGAGGUGGAGGGGGAAGUAUACUGGGUUUGGGAUGGCGGCGUUCGCGCUGGAAAUGGUCCCGUUUGUGUCGAUUGCGUUUGCGUUUACGAAUACGGUUGGGGCGGCGUUGUGGGCGGCGGAUUGGGAGAAGUCGUUGCAUCAGGUGCCCAUUGCCUUAGUACUGCAUAGUAUAUUUUUGGGUGCUGUGAUGUACAAACCCUCUUCAGCGUUUCCGAUCUCCACUAGUAGUAACUACUAUAUGGUAAAUAUCAACUGUAAAAUAAUACCAGAAGAAGGCAAGGACACGAUUGGCCACUCGGCUACUUCAUUGGUGAAGUAA